CGUAGGAGCUUUAGGAAUUCACAGUAACUCCGUCGUCGUGAAAGUUACCUUUUCGUUCGGUUUCAUUCUCGCUCUCGUCUCCAUCUCUCCUCUCCCGCUCUAAACGGUGCAGGCCGAGAGACAAACACCGAAAUCGAAAGCCGACCAAAAGUCCAUCCUCCACCUUAACUGACCGGCACCUGGUUCAUCACGUCCGUCAGUUUCCUUCAUCUCUGCGCUCCCCUGUCGAUUUCGGAGAAAAACUCCAGCCCCCUCCACCCCAGUGCCGCUCCACCCGCAGCGCCUACGCAGAGUCAAUCACGCACAAACGCUCCACGCACACACGCCAACAAUGAGGGAUUACGUCUGGUUGCUACUAGUCGCUUUGGCUACCGUCCAAGCGCAAUACUAUUAUCCGCAACCGUCUCCGCCGUUUGAAUUGCCUGGACCGACCCCUGCGCCGACCACUCAGGCUCCUACACCGGCACCAACCACUCCGGCCCCUACACCUGCGCCAACCACUCCGGCCCCUACACCUGCGCCGACAACUCCACCACCACCUCCACCUGUGGCGCCAGUCGUUGAAGAGUACACGACGCCCAGCCCUCCGCCACCGACGACUGCAGCUCCUACGACGCUCCCGCCACCACCGCCGACCACAACUGCGGCUCCUACUUCGGCUCCUACUACUCCUUACGUUCCUCCACCACCACCACCAACUACGGCGGCUCCUCCACCUCCCGUCGAGUACCUGCCACCAGUGGUAACUACCCAACCCCCACCACCACCCCCGACCACUACCCUGCCACCUCCACCACCCCCAACCACAACUCUACCACCCACAACUACCGUCUACGUUCCUCCUCCUACCACUACCGUCUAUGUCCCUCCUCCCACCACCACUCUGCCACCACCACCACCACCACCCCCGACCACCACUCUGCCACCACCACCACCCCCGACCACUACUCUGCCACCACCACCACCACCAACAACUACCACAGUCUACACCCAGCCACCUCUAGAGUACUUGCCACCGGUGACUUCUCGCCCAGUGCCCGUGCCAACUGAGAACCCACUUUUCCCCGAUGCCAACGAGAAUCAACAGGUGAGCAUCUUGUUCCCGACAGCUGCUCCGACCACCACCACCACCACCACAGCAGCUCCUACCACCACCCGUCCAGCCAUUACCACUCGCCCAGCUACCACUGUUGCCUACACUACUCCUCGUCCGGCUGUGGGCUGCCAAGUGGAUCCGUUCUGUGUAGGUCCCAACUGUGCCCCCGUUGGUCCCAACUGCCCAAGGCCGACAACCGCUGCUCCAGUUAGGACAACUACUCGCCCAGCGCCGACAACCGCUCGCCCAGCUCCCACUACCACUCGUCCGGCUACUACUGCUCGCCCGGCUACCACGACGCUAUCUUUGGAUUACCUUCCACCCGUCGAUGUUGCCACCACACGCCGGCCAGCCACUCUCGGCCCUUGCCAAGUUGAUCCCAACUGUGUCGGUGCCAAUUGCCGUCCAGUUGGCCCAGGCUGCGGACCAGCACCCACCGUCCCCAUCAGAACCACCCCCCGUCCGGCUGCUACUACCGCAUACACCACCCCACGCCCAGCCCCUACCACCACUCGCCCAGCUCCUACUACUACCCGUCAAGCCACUACCACCCGCCCAGCUACCACCCGCCCAGCUACCACCCGCCCAGCUACUACCCGCCCAGCUACCACUGUUGCCUACACUACUCCUCGUCCAGCUGUGGGCUGCCAAGUGGAUCCCUUCUGUUUAGGUCCCAACUGUGCCCCCGUUGGUCCCAACUGCCCCAAGCCGACCACCGCUGCUCCAAUCAGGACAACUACUCGCCCAGCCCCUACCACCGCUCGCCCAGCUCCCACCACCACUCGUCCAGCCCCCACUACUGCUCGCCCCGUCACGGUGCCCGUGAGGACCACUACCGCCAAGGCUACCACACCUGCUUUGGAUUAUCUCCCACCUGCCGUCACCACCAGAGCCCCGGGCAGACCAACCACCACCGAAGGUUACGAUUACCCGGCUCCGGAGAACCCGCUCGAUUUCGGUCCCAGCAGCAACCAAGGAACUGGUCUCAAGUUCCCCACCACUGCUAAACCUGUUACGACCACGCCCAGACCGGCUCAACCCACCACCAGACCCGCCACCAGACCCACGGCUGCCGCCACCACCCGAAGACCCGGUGUCCAGCCGGUUCUGUCCGCCUCCGAAGAAGAGAUCCUCUUCUGGGAUUUCCGUGAAUCCAUUGCAGGAGAACCGGAAUUGGACUACCCCAUCUUUGACAAGAUCCCCACCACGGCCUUCACCUGCCAAGGCAAAAUCAAUGGAUACUACGCCGACGAGGAAGCCCGUUGCCAGGUGUUCCAUGUCUGCUCCGUCGGAGCCGAUGACAGCGUCCUCCAGAACUCUUUCCUGUGCCCCAACGGAACCAUCUUCAGCCAGGAAAGCUUCGCCUGCCUCUGGUGGCACGACGUUGAGUGCGCUUCCAGCGGCCAGUUCACUGGCCUGAAUGCCAACAUUGGCGUCGUUCCGCCGUCGGCCGGUGGCCAGCAGGCUUCCUCCGGCGCCGCAUCUUCCGGCUCUGGCAUCCAGAUUUCGGCCAGCGCCGGAGCUUCGUCCUCCUCGUCGGGCGGCCGAGGUGUCUCGGCUUCCGCAUCCGCCAGCUCUUCCACGUUCGCUGCUGGCAACAAACAAGCUCACGCUCAAGCUGGCUCCUCCCAUUCCAACAAUGCCUACUAAAAAAGAAACACACACACAAAAAAACAACAAAAAAACAUUGAACCAAACAGGAAAAAUGAAACGAGUGAGAGAGAAAGAUUGAGAAAACGCCGAAAAGAGUUGGAUAAAAAGCGGGAAACAAAAGGCGGUUUUUGUAUAUUAGAAAAAAGAAAAAUCCUACCGUUUUGGCCCACACCACCACCACACCAACCAAUGCUUCGUUUGUGAACCCCGACGUCGAUUCGAUCAUCAUUUUGAUCCGCUGUAAAAUCUCGCAAUAUUUCUAGAUAAAAACUACUGGCGUUUUUUUUUUGUUUUGUUUUUGAUUACAUAAUUUCUUCCUUUUGUUUUUUGCAAAAAAAAAAAAAAAUAGUGUGUCGGUUUGUUCCACAUAAGUUGCAUUUUGUACUAUAUCCAUCGGUUCUCUCAACUAGUUCCGAUAGGAACUUUAUACUGGCCGCCAUUACACAACCUAUCUGGAAAUUCA